AUGUUCUUCAGCCCAAGAAAAGAUGAAAGAGAUUUAUCAAAACUUAACCUGAAGUUACCAAAUCUCGAAUUCAGCAAGAGAAGAGUAUCUGCCUUUCCUGGUUUCAAAGAUUUCAAUUUUGGAAAACUAAAGAAAGAGAAGAGCAUUCGAACUAAGAAAGAAAGCAAGCUGUUUACUUCUAGAAAUAACCUUAAGCAGGACUUUUCAGCUGCAUCCUCGGUGCCAAGUCUUGAAGAAGUAAUCAUCCCGGAACGAAAUCUCCCCAUCGAUAAACUCGAGAAUUAUGUGUCAAGUAAGGAGAAAAGAGUCCCAAUUUUUGGGUAUCCCAUUAUCUCAUUCCAUCUCAAUUCUAAAUAAGGAGGAUAAAAUAAAGUUUCUAUGGAGCCUUAUUGCAAAGAAAAUAAUUAGCCUUGAUACCAAGAAAUGUUUGAUCAAGCAUUUCUUGGAUGGAAACAAAGCAUAUCAAGCAAAAGAGAGCAAUAUUUUUACUUCAUUUACAUAUGGAGCAAGCCCAUCGAAGUCGAGAAUCUCGCUUGAAGAAACAGACACAGAUUUCUCAGAGGACACUGACUCAAAUAUAAACUCUUCACGCUUAUUAAGACCUCACCAUUUGAAAAACCUCAAUCCACGUUAUAAAGGGAAAGGGAAACGUAUCAACAGCGCAAGAAGAAACCCCGAUAUGAGAUACAAAAACUACCAGUCAUUGACCAAAUACCUUAACUCUGGUGUAUCAAAGUACUCUCCAUCUCCAGCCCCAAAGAUCAAGAUUGCUAAGAAGGCAAGCUCCAAAAGCCCCUUAACAAGGGAAGAAAAGAAAAUCAUGAAAUAAAGCCUUACAAUCAUCUAUCUUCAAACCGAUGAAAAAGAAGGAAGCCAAACUUUGUUCAAGAAGCACUGUCAGGAUUGGCCGCAGUCAUAAAUUUUUGAAAGGUAUUAAGACCAAACUUCAACCACAAUGGCUCCCUAAAUUCAAAAAGGCUAAGAGAAGAGAAAAACAGGAAGAUUACAAAACUAUAUUGUAAAGCAUCUCUUGACUUGCUAUCAAUGAUGCCUAGCAGAAGAGAUUGCCAGAUUUAGGGAAUGUCUAUCCAGAUUGUGAUUUAGAUAUCGAUAUCCCCUCCUA